CCUAAAUAAUUUAGCUUGCAUUUUGACGUUUGUGAUUAUCUUCGUAAAAUAACUUAAAAAAAAAGUAUCUUACAUAUUCGCGUCUCUCUGAAAAUGUCAGAUACUCAAGAUAUAACGGACGAAGAAGCGUUACAUGAGACAAAGCUGCAUAUAAAAUUGACAAAUAAAGGAAUGCACAUCUACGGUGGAUGGAGCAAUGAAAGAUUACUCGGUUUGCUGAGGGACAAACUUGUGCGGCGUGACAAUGUUGAGUUUUUAUCCGCGUGUACUGACGCGCGAUGCGAUGAUAAAUCGUUACAUUUUAUCAUCCACAGUGGAAUAUACAAUGAAUGUAUCUUAUUGGAAUUAGAAGGAAAAGGCAUGUCACCACGCAGUAUCAUGAGGGCAAUGAAAUACGGUCUCCUCGGGCUCGCUUCCGAGGAACUGAAAUAUUUUCGAAGCUUCGGAACGGAAACAAACGCGGAUACGCGGACGAAGAAGCUUGACGAGAAAUUGAUCUGGAAUCUGGCUGCUGCUGGAUUAACUGAAGAUCAGUGCUGGGCUACCGUCACGUGCGGACUGGUGUCACAAGACCGAAGUACAUUGCGUCAGCUUUUAUCGAGUGGCAUCGAUGUUCCAGGAAUUCUGAACUGGCGGGGAAAGGUCGAGCCAGCUUCACCAACGAUAAUCCGUUUUCUGAAAAGGCUCGGGAUGGACGAAGGCACUUGCAAUUACGUAGAAGAGAACGGCAUCGAUGAUGAAGUUGAAGACAUUCUAAUUGAUCUUGGGUAUAACGAAUACAAGAAAAAUGAAGCUUCGAAAGUAACCGAGGAAGUAUUAUGUGAAUGCGAUUUAACUAUAUUGGAGUCACGCUCUACUUUCCUGGAAGGAAAAUCGACUGACACUGCAUCCAAGAAUUCAUUGAGGACAUCAUGUUCUUGUUUAAAUACGACUCUUUCAAGUACUCCUUCUACCACAAGCUUGCAAUACAAUUCUACCAUGUGGACUUGCUAUUUGAAUUUAUUGCCGAAAAAAGCUAGUGAAAUUCUGAAGAGAAACGAUUAUUUGAGACAAAAUGUAAUGGUGCCACUAUCGUGGGCGAUAAGCAGAGCUCUGAGAUAUUGGCCAUCAGAUCCUAAACAUUACAUAGCCCACCAAUUGCUGCGUUGGAAGUAUGAAAAUGUGCCACAAGAAGAAAUACAUGAUGCUCAACGAUUUAUCGCCUCUGUCAUGAUAAUGACGGAUCAAAAGCUUAUGCAAGAACGUAAAUGCGAAGAAAACGCCAUUAGAUGCUCAAAUAAAACUGCCGUGAAAGGUACCGCUUGUGACGUGCGUUUAGAACGGCAGAAAUUAUAUCGCGUCAAAGAGCGAUAUUGGAAAUGUACAAAAGUACCGAUAUCGGCAUUUAUCGCAGGCAAAAAUUAAAUUUGUAAGAAGCGAUGAAGCACCGAACGAUGAAGAGCUUUAAAAAAUUUUUUAAAAGUUGCUAGAUAGGACAGUGGAAUUUCGAUGGAGAUUUCUUAAAAAAUUCGUUUAUUUCAUAUUUGGACUUGUACAUUCAUCGCAAGUUUAUCAGAAAAAUAUUUCAGUGCAGAAAUCGCACGAGAGUAUUACAUGGAACGGAAUGGAAUGAAUGUCUGACAUCACAAUGAAAGAUGUUCGUAAUACAUCCUGGCAGUGAUCGGAGUUCUUUGUAAGUUCGUUAGUACACAGAGGUACUAAAUACACUCUCUGAUUCAUUUUCUCAUAUUUUAUUGUGUACCCGACCAAACAUUGUUAACGUAUCUACGUAUAAUAUAUAUAUAUGUAUGAGAAA